AUGGCACUAGGAAAUAUCUUGUUGAAGCUUCUCCUCCUCCACACGGCUCUGGUCCUGUGUGUCCAGGCGUACGCCCCGUGUGGCGGGAUCAAGAACCGUUACGUCUGCGACGACUACAACCCGGCCUUGUUCCACAUCUGUAUCGGGAGUAACGAGUACACCAUGGCCUGCCCCGGGAUGCUGCACUUCAACCUGAGAACACAGACCUGCGACUGGCCCUCGUCGGCCAACUGUCUGCUGGAGUCGGAACAGACGCGGAAAGAAAUCGUGGAGGGAAACGAGGCGGUGAAUGUGAACCCUCCCAGAAACCCUUACAUCACUCACAGCGGCGUUAGCAGAAGAACUACUCCUGUUGCUACGCAACGCGUCCCUGCCACCGACUAUCUCCACUACAGGGGCGGCAGGCAGAGACAGCCGCAGGCGCCCCGUUAUGACUCCGUCUCUGUCCGUCUCCAAGGAGACCAGCUACCCGGGAUGGACGCCACCAGAGAUCCUGACGUCGGUUACCAUGUCGCUGUGCCCUACGUAGCAUCAUCUCACCAGUUGUCCGGGCAACAACCGCGUAACCAUGACAACAACAACAACUCUGUGAACAACAAGAAGGGAAGCCCGUUUAAACCGCCGAAGACUGACAGACGCAACCAUGACAACGACGCGGCGGGAAGACAACAGGCAGCGACUCCCAGACGUACAGACGGCUGGGGAAAGUCUCUGAAGAGAGGCCAGACCCGGAAGUCAUCGCGAGAACGAGGUCAGGGAAACAAGAACAAGAACAAGAACCCCUACAUCUCAGCCACGUCCUACCACUCCCGCAUACCCAACCCUUACUCUAGCCCUAACCCGGCCAACCGUGCAGGCUACAGCGUGAGGAAUGCAGCUGCCCCAACUAAAACAUCUGUGGUCAUCUCCCCUCUCCAGAAUCAACGCGCACAAGACAAAUCAAGAUCAAAGAGCAAUAGUAAAUGGUACACGGCAAGUCCUCGCGGUAAAUCAACCGUAGCCCCGACCCCUCCCGCCUCUCAAAGAAACAAGCACGCGGACACCCAAGACAACGUUCAAGAAGACAGAAAGACACACGGGUAUUCCCGGUUCUCCAAUAACAACCGCUACCUCCACAGCAGAUUUGGCUUCAGAAAUGGCGCCACCCGCGGCACUGAGAGAAACUCUCGUCUCAAGCCGCUCUCACCGACAGCCCGACCCGUUCCGAGACCAAAAUCGGCGCCUUUCAGACCGUACAACUCAGCCAUAAAGUCACAGUCAGCGUAUAUGCUAAAUAAUGAGAACAAACGUCAAAAAGAAGCUGACAGUGCAAACAAAGCCCAACAGAUCUCAGCUUGGGGAAACGACUGGAUCUCCGACAACGGCCUGAAAGGUAUCCCAGACUAUUACCCCAAACAGCCCAACAAUAAGGAACCGGAAGCGUCGCCCAAGGCAACCACGAGAAGUAAAUGGCAGAAAACGGAUCGUGUACCUGGCCGCUCACAGACAGUCCGGCCAAUUUCCGGUUCCUCCCCGCCGUGGUGGACAAAACCUGCCGCCACCACCAACCCUCCGCGCCCUGCCACAAAACCCCCGCGCUCUUCUGCUUCCAAAAACACGAAGAAACCUCACCGGAGAGGCAGACCCAACAAGUACAAGCCAAGGAACGCGCCACACAGCCCCAGGGUCAAGGUCAACUACCGCACCAGGACGCCGUCUGCUAACUUUGACCUCCACCCGACCACUGACCGGCGUCCACUCUCCUCCAACGACGGGCAGACGUCGCGGGUGAACGCCCCAGCGGCCCACGAGGACAGCAGGUUUUCCCUGCACCGGUCGGAGAAGUUUUCCCAUAACAAGAUCAGCGCGUACAAGUCACCGGUGCAGAAGUACAGCACUAAGAGGGGAAAAUGCAGCAAGAAAUGGUGCAAGCUGCCAGACUGCCGCUGUAUCGGCAAGGACAUUCCAGGCGACCUGAAGGUCAAGGACGUUCCUCAGAUGGUCAUGUUGACCUUUGACGACGGGGUCAAUCACGCUAACAUCAACUACUACAGAGACAUCUUCAACACCUCUAUGGUCAACCCUAACGGAUGUCCGGGAAAAGGUGACCUGUACGUGAACGACCGCCCCCCGCUGUGGCCCUUCACCUUGGACACGCCCCCAGACAGCAAGACCUGCUCCCUCACCCCGUGCCCCACCCGCUCCUACCCCGGCCUGUGGGAGGUGCCGCUACUGAGGUGGUAUGGCAGUAACAGGAUGGCCUGUGCCAUGCCCGACGCAUGUAUUAUAGGUGGGUGGAUCAGGUUUGGCGGGGAGGGGUGA